CUUUUGAUAUUAGUACUCUAGGCCAGAUCAGAUCCACUGCAACGAUGCCUGCAAUACAUACUGACCACCUUGAUGAGCAGCAAGUCCAGCUUCUGGCAGAGAUGUGUAUUCUCAUUGAUGAAAAUGACAACAAAAUCGGGGCUGAGACCAAGAAGAACUGUCACCUGAAUGAAAACAUUGAGAAAGGAUUAUUGCAUCGAGCAUUUAGUGUCUUCCUGUUCAAUACUGAAAAUAAGCUCCUGCUACAGCAACGAUCAGAUGCUAAAAUUACCUUUCCAGGUUGCUUUACCAAUACGUGUUGUAGUCAUCCAUUAAGCAAUCCACGCGAACUAGAAGAAGAUGAUGCCAUCGGAGUAAGAAGAGCGGCGCAGAGGCGUUUAAAAGCUGAGUUAGGAAUUCCUAUGGAAGAGGUUCCUCCAGAAGAAAUAAAUUACCUAACACGAAUUCACUACAAAGCUCAGUCUGAUGGAAUUUGGGGUGAACAUGAAAUCGAUUACAUUUUGUUUGUGAGGAAGGAUGUAACUUUGAACCCAGAUCCCAAUGAGAUUAAAAGCUAUUGUUAUGUGUCGAAAGAGGAACUGAAAGAACUUCUGAAACAAGCAGCUAGUGGUGAAAUUAAGAUAACUCCAUGGUUUCAGAUUAUUGCAGAGACUUUUCUCUUCAAAUGGUGGGACAACCUAAGCCAUUUGAAUCAGUUUGUUGACCAUGAGAAAAUACAUAGAAUGUGAAUGUGCA